AAAGGAGAACCCGGAGAAAAAGGACAAAAGGGAGCACCUGGGAGACCAGGAAGAGUUGGUCCGCCAGGGGAGACUGGUCCACCUGGGGUCAAAGGACACAAAGGCAUUAUGGGACGUUAUGGAAAAGUUGGCCCAAGUGGAAUGAAAGGAUCCAAGGGAGAUCCAGGUGACCCUGGUACAAGGGGCCCAGACGGAGAGCCAGGGGUUCCCUGUGAGUGUGCGCCAAUUAGAAGGAUGAUUGGAGAAAUGGACAUUCUUGUGGCUCAGCUUUCCUCAGAACUAAAAUUCAUUAAAAAUGCUGUUGCUGGCAUUAAGGAAACAGACAGUAAAGUCUAUCUGUUGGUGAAGGAAGCGAAGCGCUACACCGAGGCUGAGGGCUACUGCCAGACGAGGGGAGGGCACCUGGUCAUGCCGAAGGAUGAGGGAGCAAACGCAGCCAUCGCAGGGUACAUAACCGACGCUGGCCUGAGCAGAGUUUACAUUGGCAUUCAUGACCUCGAGCGCGAAGGUGUUUUCACCUACGUAGAUCACUCUCCCAUGACCACUUUCAGCAAAUGGAGAAAAGGAGAACCCAACAAUGCCUAUGAUGAUGAGGACUGUGCUGAGAUGGUGACCUCUGGGGAGUGGACUGAUGUGGCGUGCCACCCGACAAUGUAUUUUGUUUGUGAAUUUGACAAGGACAACAUCUGAGGCCAGUAUAUGUUAAACAGACUGCAGACUGGACAAAUGUA